AUGGCAAGCACUCCGAUCGAGGCACCAUCAGCCUCGUCGAAAACCACAAAGUUGAAACCACAUGAGGCCUCAUCCUCGGAUUCUCUGUCACUGUCGUCAAAAUACUUGCCUCCAGUUCGUCUGCCCGAACCAUGGAAGACGACAUACGAAAUCCGCGUGGUAUCCGAGACCGCUGACGACUUACCCAUCCUCAACCUCGCGCUCUCAGAGACCCAAGUCUCGGGCGCCAUCCUACCGCCCGAGCAGCUGCAUAACGAUUCUCUCCUGUUCAGUGACCUCGCAGCUGAACAGGGAGAUGCAGCGUUCGUUCCAGCAGCAGGAGACAACUCGGCAUGGGCACGGUUCCACCAAACUCCAAUCUCUUAUCUUUCAUGGGACGACAACAACAACAGCAACAAUGUCACUGUAGGCCAGAUCUGGAAUCUGGUCUAUGCCUUGGUGACACUGUAUCCGGAAAUCGAGUCGUUUCGGCUCGACUUGGGCGGUCUCAGCAGCAACAACGAAACCAACAAGACAAACACUGCUGCUGCCAGUGGCUCUUCUGUUCCAGAAAGGCUCUCUGAAGCAUUACAAGCGACGGGCCUCGCAAAGCCGCGCCCUGCACCAUCACGGCCCGAACAUAAACAACCUCAAUCUCAAUCUGUUCAAGUCUGGAUCACCCGCUCUGCAUUCUGGCAAGGGGCCGGCUCCCCAUUCGGCACGCGUCCUGUAUGGGUAGCCCAUCCCGACCUCUACUCGCACCUCAACCACUUGAGUUCCAACAGCGGAGCGUCAUCAUCCCUAACUUCCAACUUCCCACCCUUCCCGCACGAAGACACCCUAACAUUCUCACUCGCCGGACGACCCGUUCACGCAUCCCACCCGAUCCGCCCACCGAAACCAUCGCGCGGUUCCGUAAUCUACAGCCGGUACAUCCCGCACCUCGACGAAUUCUUCUCCAUGGUCCACCUCGACUACCGGGACCCAGAACACCUCCGGCUUUUCCACGAAUGGCAAAACGACCCACGCGUAAGUCAAGGCUGGAACGAAACCGGCACACUCGACCAACACCGGGACUACCUCCGCCGGAUCGACGAGGACCCGCAUCAAAUGGCAAUCCUGGCCAAAUUCAACGACGUCUUCUUCGCCUACUUUGAAAUCUACUGGGCCAAAGAAGACCAUAUGGGCGUCUAUAUUUCCCCCGCGCCGCAAGACUGGGAUCGAGGUCGACAUUCGCUAGUCGGGGACGUGAGGUAUCGUGGUCCCCAUCGCGCGAGUGCCUGGUGGUCUAGUCUGGUGCAUUAUUUGUUUCUCGAUGAACCGAGGACAAUGACGGUCGUGGGGGAGCCCAAGUACACCAAUGCCAAUGUGCUGGGGUAUGAUGCCCAGAAUGGAUUUCAUGUGCAUAAGCUCGCGGAUUUGCCGCAUAAACGGUCGGCGAUUGUUAGGUGUGAAAGAACACGCUUCUUUCAAUGUGUCGGCUUUGGUUUGCCGGGUGGGAAUGUUAGGAUUGCGGAGGGAAAAGGGAAAGGAGCAGCCUCAGGCCAGAAACCGAGCGCAAACAAGGCAACGGCGGCGGCGACUGCGAAGGCAAAGUUGUGA